CAAGUCUGUUUGUGAACUCACCACCCACAAGGGAAAGCAGGAGUAUUCAUUGGGUGGAGAUGAGAAUGGUCUUGAUCCUGUUGUUCUGGAUGCAUAUGGGCCUCUCUUCUCCUCCACUCCAGGAUGCUGACAUUUAAAGCGAUAGCUCAGCUCUUCAUCUUGGGCUGCACGUGGUGUCUGGGAAUCCUGCAGGUGGGUCCAGCUGCUCACGCCAUGGCCUAUCUCUUCACCAUCAUCAACAGCCUGCAGGGCGUCUUCAUCUUCCUGGUGUACUGUCUCCUCAGCCAGCAGGUCCGGGAGCAAUACAGGAAAUGCUGGAAGGAGGUCAGGAAAAUCAAAACACAGUCUGAGCAAUACACCCUCUCCAGCGGAAUCCUGUCAGAUACCCCUAAGCACAGUGUGGUAAAAGAUGAUGGAACGACAGCAGAAAAGAGAAAAUUAAGUCAAUUCUAAGAAAACUAAAGGACAACAUGACUCAGUUACAAAUAACUUUAAUCAUAGCUUGUCCAUCUGUUCAUCCAUCCAUUUAUCCAUUCACCCAUCCAUCUUUGAAGCAAGUCAACAUGCCAGGUGUGAGAAUCACCACGGCCCACUUCUCCAUAUCUUAAUUUUUCUUUCCAAAUUUCUGCCUGCUGCAGCUUUUCCUGUGCAAUAAACAUUGCUUUGUCCAUGUGCCUUGGCUAUCAGUUACACAAAAAUGAAUAUAGCAGGUUCCUUGCCAUCAGGGCGCUCAUAGUCCAUGGCAGUGUUACUCAAAAUGUGGUGCAUGAACUGGUUUUGACCCUUGAGGAAAAAAGAACCUUGGGAUACCCUGUAAAUCAACAACAUCACUAAGCUUUAGUUUUACUGACAUCUAUUCCAUAACAAGAUUUUAUCAAUAAAGGAAGCAGUGUGUUGUGUAACUUUCUGGUGCAAGCUCCUGCUCUCCCUGCAGACUGUCACCAGUGCUGAGUA